AUGGGCUCAAUGCAGUUGGUGGUUCCCUCAGAUUCUGCUUCUACCUCUGAGGCAAUUCGUUCGCAGAGAGAUGUUUCAAAUUUUUGGAAUUUUGAAGAUGGAAAGAUCCACAUAUUGAUCUGUGCUACGGGAUCAGUGGCCUCGAUUAAGAUACCAUUGAUGGUUCAGAAAUUGUAUGAUUAUUACAACUCAGACGAAUCUAAUCCUCAGGUUUCAAUCCAGCUAAUAUUAACAAAGGCCUCAGAGAGCUUUUUGAAUGAUCAAGAAUUUAAGAUUCCCUCAGAUAUCAAAAUAUGGAGAGAAGUUGAUAACCUAUAUUUAAUUAAAAACACUAAGACUUUACUAGACUUACAAUUGGUAAAAUGGGCACAUAUUUGUUUGAUUGCUCCAAUUUCUGCCAACACCUUGGCCAAAAUUUCAAAUGGACUAAGUGAUAAUCUACUAACGACUGUUAUAAGAUCUUGGAACCCGAAGAAGCCAAUGGUAAUAGCUCCCGCAAUGAACACCUUUAUGUAUCUACAUCCAAUAACCAAACUUCAGCUAGAUUUUAUAUCCAACAAUUUAGACUGGAUUGAAGUGUUAUAUCCUAUUCAAAAGACUUUAAUAUGUGGUGAUGUCGGUGUUGGCGCAAUGAGGGAAUGGAGUGAAAUUAUUGAUAUAUUGAUACUAAAAAUUGAGAAUCUUGACAAUUGA